AUGAAGAACAGACGAGAAGAAGGUGACAUAGGAUACAAUGAAGAACAGACGGGAGAAGAAGGUGACAUAGGAUACAAUGAAGAGCAGACAGAAGCAGAAGGUGACAUAGGAUACAAUGAAGAACAGACAGAAGCAGAAGGUGACAUAGGAUACAAUGAAGAACAGACAGGAGAAGAAGGUGACAUAGGAUACAAUGAAGAACAGACAGGAGAAGAAGGUGACAUAGGAUACAAUGAAGAACAGACAGAAGCAGAAGGUGACAUAGGAUACAAUGAAGAACAGACAGGAGAAGAAGGUGACAUAGGAUACAAUGAAGAACAGACAGAAGCAGAAGGUGACAUAGGAUACAAUGAAGAACAGACAGGAGAAGAAGGUUGA